CGCGAGCGACGCGCGCGCAGCAUCAGCGGCGCAGAGCGCAGGAGCGGAGCCAUGGGAAAGCUGCAAGAAUUUGACAUCACUUUUACCAACAACAAGGUGGUCUACGGCCCGGGGGAGUCGAUCAGCGGCACUGUGAAGAUCCGGACGGGGAAUUCACUGCAGUACAAAGCCAUCAAGGUGAACUGCCAGGGCUCAUGUGGGAUCUCCAACAAAGUGAACGACGCCUCGUGGAUUCUGGAGGAGCAGUACUUCAACAGCACGCUGUCUGUCGCCGACAAAGGGACUCUGGGGCCCGGUGAACACAGCUUCCCCUUCCAGUUUCUCAUUCCAGUCGCGGCGCCGACGUCCUUCGAGGGACCCUUCGGGAAGAUCGCUUACCGCGUCAGGGCCGUGAUCGACACGCCCCGCUUCUCCAAAGACUACAAAGCUCAGAAACCUUUCUAUCUGCUCAACCUCCUCAACCUCAACGAGGUGCCCGACAUCGAGCACCCCAGCCACGCCGUGACCACCAAGAAGUUCAGCUACCUGCUGGUGAAGAGCGGGACGCUGAUGCUGAAGGCGCGCAGCGAGCUGAGGGGCUACAUCCCCGGGCAGGUCAUCAAGCUGGCCACCGAGAUCCACAACAAGUCGGGCAAAGACACGGGCUGCGUCCUGGCCAGCCUCAUUCAGAAAGUGACCUAUAAGACCAAGCGGCCUGUGUACGACCUCCGGACCAUCGCCGAGGUGGAGGGAGCCGGGGUGAAGGCCGGGAAGCACGCCGAGUGGAGGGAGCAGAUCAUCGUCCCUCCUCUUCCUCAGUCGGCUCUGGCCGGCUGCAGCCUCAUAGACAUCGACUACUUCAUCCAGGUGUCGCUAAAGUCUCCGGACGCCGUCGUCACCCUGCCCAUCUACAUCGGCAACAUCGCUGUGAACCUGUCUCCCUCGAGGACCGUGCCCUCCAGCCCGGACCCCUGCGGGGCGGCGGGCGUGACGCCGAGCGCCCCGCCGGCCGAGGACGAGCCGGAGGAGGAGCUGUGCGCCGGAGGCCUCGCCAGCGAGGCGAUCCCCACCAAGAGCCACUCCCAGCAGGACCCCUCGGGUCAGCCGGUCACCAUGUCCCCCAGCGCCUUCAGCCACGCCCCCGGCGCCGCCGUGCCGCCCGGCCACCGGCGGCCCGACGCCUCGGCGCCGCUGUUCUGCGUCUCCACCGGAGCCACCAUCCCGUUCUUCACCGAGGGGAACGUGACGCCCGUGCCCACUUCCUGUUCCCUCAUCCUCCCCCCAGAGUACAGCAGCUGGGACUACCCUCACGAGCCUCCGCCCACCUACGAGGAGAGCUGCAGCAGCGCCAACUCCAGCUUUAACAGCAGACAGUAGAGACUUGGGGUCACGAGCCGUGGCCACGCCCACCCACACCUGUCUGCGUCCGCCUUUCAGUCCACCUGGGUGAAGGAAGAUGUUUUGUUUUUCUACUGAAGAAAAAAAAAAGGGAUCGUGUCUAAAAGUGAACGAACGAACUUUGAUUUCACCUCCGGUUCCAGCAGGUCGUGUCAGACAGAACGGGUGAACAACACUGUGCCUAAAACACCAGUUUCAGAUUGUUGUAUAGCAUUUAGUUCAGUGAGUGAACGCAACUGAUUCUUGGAGGAGGAGGAGGGAACUGAACCCCCCCCCCCCCCCCCCCCCCCUUUUUUUUUUUCUUUUUUUUUUUCAACAAACUGCUGCAUCUGUGAUGCCUUGAGAACAGGUUUGGCCACGUCAGGUCAUCUCACUCUGGCCUUUUGGGUGUAUGUGUCAUUCCAAACAUGUCGUCCACGCCUGUGUGUGUGUGUGUGUGUGUGUGUGUGUGUGUGUGUGUGUGUGUGUGUGUGUGUGUGUGUGUGUGUGUGUGUGUGUCCAGGCUGACCUGCACGUCUUAGGUGAAAACCUCUGUGUCUGCUCUCACUAUGUUUAUUCCAUGUUUUUUUUUUUUCUUUUUUAAUUAAAAUCCUGCUUAAAGGGUCAAAGGGAAACCUCACAGCUGUGUUGCGAUCACACAUUUAUUUUAUGAGAAAGAUUGGGGUGAAAUUUUGUGCACUGUUAGGCCCUUUUAUCAAAACUCAUAAAGUAGAAAAAAAGAAUUCCAAGUAUGUCAGAACAGUGUCUUCAGCAUGUAUACUGUUUUUAAUAGCUUAGAUUUCAAUAGGCUUCAUCAGAAGAAGUAAAAAAAUUAGUAAUUAUUGGACUGUGCAAGAAAGUGAAAUUUAUUCACAUUAUUGAAACGUUUCCUUUUUUCAUCGGUUUCUUUCAGGAACGUCGGCACUGCCAGCUUGUUUUGUUUCUGAGAGGUUUCACUUAGAUCCUGUGAUUCUGUGUCUGUGUGUAUCCCCAGAACUGAAUGUGCUCAACAAAAUGUGAGUGUGUGUGUGUGUGUGUGUGUGUGCGAGUAGCUGAACUUGUGUUUGCAUAGAUUCGUGUCAGUUUGUGUCACUGAGAUCUGGAUGUGGAUGGUUCCUGUAAGCGUCUCCUGUCUCGAUGCGUCUUCACGAUCUCCUGCCACGACAUUGAUUUGCUCCUAACAAAGGGUUUUGUUUGCCCUCAUUAUGCACUGGCAGGCUCAGGCUUGUCUGUAAACAACCUUCUUACCAUGAAGGAGAGCUGCAGCUGGUAUAACGUGACAUGAGAGUAACAUUUGACAAGAGUGGGCCUGUUAGGUUGAAUUUAAGGCAACAAAAACCCAAAGUUACAAACUGCAGGGUGCAGAAUCCAUCUCUGCAUGGAGCAGAAUGAGAGGCCGACAGAAGACAUGUACAGGUGUGUGAAGGCCUCUGCACAGAUCUCACUAUGCACAUGCAAGUUGAGUGAUGCACACACACACACUCACACACACACACACACUGAUACACACAUGUCAUGUAGCACACACAGGCCGAGAGGCAGAGAGUCUGCUGCUAUGAAACCACAGGUUUGUCCCAACAUGGCAGUUCAUCUGCAGCUGGAUGUGAGGAUUUGAACUCUGAUAACUCAACUCUGCCCUCUUGUGGAGCUUCCUGGUUCCAGCGCUCUGUGGUGUUUGUUCAUCUGCUGUGUGUUUUACAUCCUUUUGUUCUCGCAGACUUGACACACUGAGGUUAUCAGACUCUGGUUGUCAUCGGUGAGCCUUUAUCUGAAUCUGAAAAUGAGACUGUGUGCCGUUUUUGCUCUCUUUGUUGCCUUAAACUCUUAUUUUUGUGGCGCUGCACGUUGACACGGAUGUGCACAGCACAGCACUUUUCGAUGGUGUGAGUGCACGGCUCCACGCUCGUGUGUGAAGGCGUGGCCGUGUGAAUAGAGAAUAGAUUAUUUGAUUAUUUGGACUGUUUUCCAGGCGUUUUCUUCAGAUGUCCCACUUUUCAUGCUUCUGUGUUCAGAUUAUAUAUUGGAGUCGUUUUUUGUUUUACAUCUUUGUACAACAGCUGGGUGAAACAUAUUUAUGAUCAGCGUCAGGGUUUCCUCUUCUUAUCACUCCUCAAGUUUGUCUGGAAGUCAUCCAGAAACCACACUGACCUGAUAUUUGUUACCAUGUGUCUAUUGCCACAUCUUGGGUGAAAACCUUCAGUUCUCAUUGAUUAUUGACUUUUUGAGGGAAACCUAAGCUGAAAAUCCAAAAUAUGACAAUUUGUGCUGAAUGUUUUUUCUUUAUUAUUAUUAUUAUUAUUGUCAAUGCUCAUGAACAGCACUCCAAAUCUCGUUGGCACGUAACUCCAGGAUCGAGCACAAGCUUCGACUGCCAUCCCAAUAGCAAUGUUGUGGCUCCACAUUACAGUGAGUGCAUGCCUUAAAGCAGCCGGGACUCCCACGGCUUCACGGCGGACUCUCCCCUCCGCUCUUCCCCUCCUGCGAACUGUUCAAAGUACACUGGACCUUUGAGAUGUAGCUUCUUAAAAUGACGGCACACUGGACUUUUACCGUUGGUAUUUUGGAUUUAGAAAAUAUGUGCAAUUCCUGUUAUCUCCCCAGACUGCCGCAGCUCCCUGAAGUCAUUUCACGCUGCCUUUAUCUGUCCUCCUCUUCACCAAAAGGUACUAUAGCUUUACCGAGCCUCCCUCCUCCUGUUCCAUGCUCUCAUUUUCCCCUUCCCCCUCACAUACUGAUGAGUGGUGUCUGGUUUUGUAUUUUUCUACUUGUAAAACUGUUUACAGGUGCAGUAUGAGCAUACUAACAGUCGCACCUCAAACCAGUACAUGUAAUAUUUCAACUCGCAGUGCAGAAUCGGAGUUGUACUGUACAGCAUAACAAUAAAACUAUAUGGCGUGUGUUUUGCCAGC